AUGGAGAACGCCGCCUCUCGCUUCGGCCAGCACCUGGCGCACACCGAGAAGAAGUUCCGCGACCGCGCGCUCAAGAAGCUGACGGUGUACCUGGCCAAGAAGACGGACUGGAAUGACCUCGAGUGGGACAAGCUCUGGAAGGCGCUGUUCUACUGCAUGUGGAUGAGCGACAAGCGCCCCGUGCAGGAGGAGCUGUCCUCGAACCUGGCGGCGCUCGUGCACAAGGUGCCCACGGCCGAGGCGGCGCUCGAGUUCGUGCACUCGUUCUUCCGCACCAUGCACCGCGAGUGGCACGGGCUGGACGGACUGCGGCUGGACAAGUUCUACUCGCUCGUGCGCAAGUUCGUGCGCGAGACCGUGGCGCUGCUGCGCGUGCAGGAGUGGGACGAGGACCUGCUGCAGACCUUCGUGACCAUUCUGUCCGAGGAGGUGGUGAGCCAGCUGCCCAACGGCCUGCGCAUGCACCUGGCAGACCUGUACCUGACCGAGAUCUACAACGCCGCGGGCAAGGACGUGACCACCGAGGCCUUCAUCACGCUCAUGGAGCCCUUCUUCACGCUGCUGAGCGGCGAGUACGACAAGACGGUCUUCAAGCGCGUGCGCGAGCUCGUGUUCGAGGACAUGCUGACUAAGUUCAAGUUCGGCCCGCAGCCAGAGAAGGAGCAGGAGGACGAGAAGGAGGAGACGGACGAGGAGGACGCUGAGGAGGAGGAGGACAAGGUGUUUGAGCAGGUCGAUGUGGCGCAGGUGCAGCACCGCAUCUUCGCUAUUGCCUCAGCGGACGACACGGCGGAGCGCAACCGCUCGGCGCUGUACACGCUGUACAAGAAGUUCUUCACGGUCACGCACGUGGACUCGUUCCAGGCUGCGCAGGAGGAGGCUGCUAACCCCACGAAGAAGGCGAAGAAGCAGAAGAAGCAGAAGAAGCAGAAGAAGGAGACUAAGCCUGCUGCGAUCGAAAAGAAGGAGGAGACCCCGAAGGCGGAGGAAGAGGCCGGUGAGACGAAGAAGUCCAAGAAGUCCAAGAAGCGCAAGGCGAAGAAGGAGGCCGAGGUUGAGGCCGAGACUGUGAAGAAGACUGAGAUCAAAGCUAAGGAGGCUGAAGUAGUGAAGGAGGAGCUGGUGAAGACCUCGGCCAAGAAGAAAAACAAGAAGCAGAAGGUGGCGGCCGAGACGAAGGCUGAGGAUGUUGAUAUGAAGUCAGCUGAGCCUGUUAAGAGCACGGAGAAGAAGCAGAAGAAGCAGAAACAGGACGAGAAGAAGCCGAAGCAGGAGAAGAAGCCCGUGGAGAAGGCGCCUGUUGAGCCCGUGAAGGAGAAAUCUCCGGCCAAGGAGCCGGCUAAGCCCAAGCAGGAGAAGGUUGUGGAGAAGAAGAAGGACAGCUACACGACUGUGACCAAGAGCGGCAAGAAGUUCAAGCGUUGCGGAUCGUGCGGUGGCUUCGGCAAGGGUCUGGUGCCCAAGGACAAGCUUCUGUGCGGCCACUGCGAGCGCACGCAGAAGACACAGAAGAAGAAGGCAGCGUCGGCUUCGAAGAAGCGGAAAGCGGAGUCCCAGGCCCAGGCCGCACGGGAGGACCAGGAGAAGGCCGAGUCGAGCAAGAAGGUGACGUUUGGCAAGAGCAAGGCGCUGCGGCACGAGGUGUCGAUCAAGCGGCUCAAGGCUUCGGCCAAGCGUGACGCCGUGCCGAAGGAUACUGAGGACAUUAAGGGCGUGCUGAAGGUGAAGUCGCCGACGCCCGUCUCGAAGAAGGCCAAGAAGACCAAGCUGACCAAGGGACGCAAGACGGCUUCGGAUUUCUUCUAA